GUUCUUGGAAAUAAUCAAAAGGAGGGGAUUGAUUAUAAUGACACGUUUUCGCCGGUUGCGAAAAUGACGACCGUACGUUUAUUCUUGGAUUUUGCGGCUAAGAAAAAUCAUGAGGUACAUCAGAUGGAUGUUCAUAACGCGUUUCUGCAUGGUGAUCUUGAAGAAGAAGUUUACAUGAAAUUACCACAAGGUUUUUCGUCUCCUACAGAAACACGAGUGUGUCGCUUGUGCAAAUCACUCUAUGGCUUGAAACAGGCUCCUCGGUGUUGGUUUGCUAAACUUACCGCUGCUCUUCUUAAGUAUGGUUUUUCCCAAAAGAAAUCAGACUACUCCUUAUUCGUCUACUCCAAGAACGGUGUCUCACUCCGUAUCUUGGUCUACGUUGACGAUUUAAUUAUUUCGGGAAAUUAUGCGGAGGAAAUUAAGAAAUUCAAAGAGUAUUUGUCUAUGUGCUUCCAUAUGAAAGACUUGGGUUUUCUCAAAUAUUUUUUGGGCAUUGAAGUUGCCCGUAGUCCUACAGGUUUCUACUUGUGCCAGAGAAAGUACGCUACAGAAAUUGUCAAUGAGGUUGGUUUUCUCGAUUGUAAACCAUUUGGUUUUCCUAUUGACCAGAAUCACAAAUUAAGCCUUGCCAAUGGUCGCGUUCUGGCUGAUCCUGAGAGCUACCGUAGGCUUGUGGGACGUCUGGUUUAUUUACUUGCAACAAGACUAGAUCUUGCGUAUGCGGGCACUCUUGGACAAGGAAUUCUUCUAAGAGCAGACUCGCCACUCCAUAUUACCGGCUGGUGCGACUCGGAUCAUUCGGGUUGUCCGUUAACAAGACGUUCUUUAACGGGUUGGAUUGUUCAGUUUGGAUCUUCUCCGAUUUCGUGGAAAACUAAAAAGCAAGAUGUGGUGUCUAUGUCUUCCGCUGAAGCUGAAUAUCGGGCUAUGAAUGCUUUGACUAAGGAGUUAAAAUGGCUUAAAUCACUUCUGUUUGAUCUCGGAUUUGAUCAUGUGAAACCAAUAACGAUUAGGUGCGACAAUCAAGCUGCGAUACAUAUAAGCAGGGCCGACCCUCGACGAUGUGUUCAUUGAGAUAUCUGAAUAUGAUUUUGUUCUUGGUUUUUAGAGAUUGGUUUUGAUGCUCUAUGUUUUUUGUAUGUCUGAACUUCUGUUUCGCUCGUUUGAAGUUGAAGAAAAAUAGUAUUAUGUA